UGUUUACCAAUUGUUUAGCAGUUUCUUUCAACCAGCAAACACAAUGAUGAUUCGCCAGUUGCUGUUAAUCUUCUUAAGAAUUUGUUUAAGCCUCAGCAGGAGCUCAUUGGACACGGAGGUGGGAAAGUUUAUGAGGUCCAUGGACAUUAUACCAGAUGUCAUAGAGGUGGGACCGCAGGACUUUCUUAAUAUCACGUACCAUGGCUAUAUUAAGGUAGAUCGCGGUAAGGAAUUGGAACCAAUGCAAGUUCGGGAUCAACCAGCAGUGACAUGGCCAGCCUCAUCGGAUGGCUACUACACCCUGAUAAUGAUCGAUCCUGAUAUGCCCAAUACUAUUCAUCCUGUUGACCGGGAGUUUCUGCACUGGAUGGUGGUCAACAUUCCCGGAAAUUUAGUGUCACUGGGCGAUGUUCGUGUGGGAUAUGUGGGUGCCAUUCCGAUGCAGGGAAGCGGAUCCCAUCGAUACGUUACUUUGCUUUAUAAACAGAAGGAAUACACAAAGUUCGACUUUAAGAGGUUGCCCAAGCAUGUCCUAAACGGUCGUAAUAGAUUCCGCACUAGCGCCUUUGCGAGGAAAUAUAAAUUUAGUUAUCCAGUAGCUGGAAACUUUUUCACCGCCAGUUGGAACACCGAUGUUCCCGAAUUGAUUAAAACCAUAAGAGUUCAUACCGUUUCCAAUAUGGGGUUAAGUUAUUAAGUAUAAUUUUGUUUACAAUUUCCGAGU